ACUAGUUAAGUUGUCAAACUUAGCAGAAUUUUAAAGCAAACAAGAAAUUUUAAGAAAAGGAGUGUAUUCUGAGAAUAGGAAACACAGCCAAUAUAAAAGCACGUAAGUGUCAUUUGUAAGAAGCUGCAAGAAGGUUCAUUUUGUUAGAAUGAAAUGUAAGAAGAGAAAUAAUAUAUAAUUAAAGUUGGAAAAAUAAAUUGAAGCUAGUUAUGAAAGAUUUUAAAAAAUAAACAGAAGAGUUUAUAUUUGAUCCUGGAGGCAAUAUAGAUGUCUUUGAGUAGGGAAGUGAUGUGGUCAAACCCACAAAUAGGCAAUAACUUUGAUAGUUGUGUGAAAGAUGAAUUAGAGAAAGGGAAGAUGAGUUAGGAUGACCAAUUAGGAGGCAAUUGCAAUAGUCCAAUCAGUCAAUAAACAAUUAUUAAGCACCUGCUAUGUGCCAAGUACUGUGUUAGGUGCUAGAGAUGCAAAUGCAAAGAAUGAAACAAUUCUUAGUCUAAAAGAGUUUAUGAGAUCUUGAACUGAAGUAGUACCUGGGAAAAGAGGAAAAAGUAAGGAGAUGUGGAGAUAGAAUCUAUAAGUCUUGUCAAAUGAUUGAAAAUGUGGAGUGAGGAAGAGAAAAGAAUCAAAGAUGGGCAAGUUGGUGAUUAACUGAGGUGAUUGGAUUGAUGGUAGUGGAAUAUGGAAGUUAAAAAGAAUAAGUUUGGCUAAAAAGAGGAGUUCAGUUCUGUACAUACCAAGUGUGAUUAUGCCUUUGGGCAAUCAAGGUUAAGGCUGUGGAGCAUGCAACACUGGAGCUCAGGAGAAAAACGUAAGGCUAGAUGUGGGAGUCAUUUGCCUAAUGAUCAUAAGAACCAAAGGGAUGAUGAGGUCACCAAAUGAGAAAGUGUUAAGAGAGGGCCCAGGAUGGAUCCUUGGAGUUAUACUUAUGUUGAGGGGACAGAAUAUAGAUAAUGAGCCUCAGCAAAGGAUAGUGAGAAUGAGCAAUGAGGCAGGUAAGAGAACCAAAAGAGAGCAGUAUCAUGAAGAGGAUGCCCAGACCAGCCAUCUCUUCAUUUCCUACUAUGUAGCGUUUUCCCUGGAAUCUCAGUUGAAGCAGCACGAGAAUUUGCUCAGCUUCCAAACAGCCAACAGAUCCCGCCGGCCAACCCUAAUCAGCUUGCCAGAGGACCAAAUAGACCACAAUGUAAACAGCAAAAAGGAAUCCUGGCAGGGGCAGUCGUCUGGCAAGAGCUCCAAGGGUUCCCUACCUGACUCCAGAGACUCAUUGAAGCUUAUGAGCUAUUUGGACCCUGAGUCUGACAAGGAGCCCUCAACCCUGGAGGAGGAAGCAGAGAAAAAAGUGGAUGAGGACAUGGAUGAAGAUGACCUUGACCUUCCAAUGUACCAAGACACAUCAUUUUAUCUGCUACCUCUCUUGAAGAAGCACGAGAAUUUGCUCAGCUUCCAAACAGCCAACAGAUCCCGCCGGCCAACCCUGGUUAUCAGCUUUACAGAGGACGAAAGGGACCACACGGACCACCAUGACACUGGCAAGAGACAACAGAGUCGGAGGUCAUCUGUCAAGAGCCUCAAGGGCUCCCAGCCUGGCUCCAAAGAGUUGCAUUGGCCUAAGCCCAUUAGCUACUUUGACCCCCGGCCCACCAACGAGCCUUCAACCUCAAAGGAGAAAGAAAAAGAAAGAGUGGAGGAGAAUGAGGACCAGGACGAGGACCAGGACGAGGAAGACCCUCCAGUGUACCGAGACACAGAUUCAAAGAUGUUUGCUAAAAGUAUCUUAAAAUCUCACAAUGACUACAGACAGAAACAUGGCUGCCCUCCGAUAAAAAUCUGCCAGAAACUGAACCAUGAUGCACAACAGUAUGCAGAUGCACUGGCUACCACAAAGGUUCUCAAACAUAGCUCAGAAUCCAGUAGGGGAAAUUGUGGAGAAAAUCUAUCAUGGGCUUCCUAUGAUCAACCAGGACACGAGGUAGCUGACAGGUGGUAUAGUGAAAUAAGAAAUUAUGACUAUAAGAGUCCAGGAUUCACCCCAGAAUCAGGACAUUUUACAGCAAUGAUAUGGAAGGGCACAAAGAAGAUGGGGGUUGGAAAGGCCUCUGCAAAUGAUGGUUCUUCCUAUGUGGUUGCCAGAUACUUUCCAGCUGGAAAUAUUGUCAAUCCUGGUCUCUUUGAAGAAAAUGUCCCUCGUCCAAAGACAUGAUUUUGAAAAUGCAAAUGUUAAUUGUGGAUUGCAGAGUGUAACAGUAAAACUCCUAUGAAAUCUAAAGCUUGAUGCCCAUGUUUAACUGUCACUUUGACAGCACAUACUCUAAUACAUAUUAUGAAUGAAUUGACUUAAGACUUAACAUAAACAUUUAAUGAAUGAGUUGGUAUAGCUACUUAGACUAACGUGAACUUUGUAUAUAUAUAAAAAAAGACAUAAUCAUUUCUUGUAACUUCUUUUUUAAAAAGCAAAUUGGUUGUAUAUUUUCCUCUUAUACCAUGUCCAGAAAUCUGUUUUCUAAAUUUCCAUUAUUUUGGAAACAACUGAAGUGUUUCAUUUAUCUUGAUGCAUUAUA